AACAAUUUAUACUAAAAUUAAUUAAAAAAAGAUCUACUUAUCAAAAUAGGUAUUAACAUCAUGAGUGCUAAGAAAAUAGCAAGGGAUCUCAUUUUUUCAGGUAUUUAGCCAACAGGAAAGCUUCAUUUAGGAAAUUAUUUGGGUGCCAUUUAAAACUGGGUAAAACUACAAGAAAAAUAUCAUGAAAAAUCAGAUAUUUUCUUUUGUAUAGUUGAUUAGCAUGCACUAACCGAUAAAUUUAAAAUAGAUCAUUAGAUCUACUUUGAAGAUACAACUAAAGAUAACACUAUUAUAAUGGCAGCUGCUUUAUUAGCAUCUGGAAUAGAUCCCAAAAAAUCUAACAUUUUCGUUUAAUCAGCUGUUCCUUAUCAUGCAGAGCUUUAAUGGAUGUUAGGAUGUAUUGCUCCUCAAAAUUGGUUAAAUACAAUGACUUAAUAUAAAGAUAAAAAAUCAAAAAACUCUAGUUUGGGUUUAUAUUCUUACCCUGUUCUCAUGGCAGCUGAUAUUUUACUUUACAAUGCUACUCAUGUUCCUGUUGGAAGCGAUUAAAAGCAGCAUUUAGAGUUAACUAGAGACUAUGCUACAAGGUUCAAUACAUUAUUUAAAAAUGAUAAAACAUAGGGUAUUUCAAUGCCUUAAUACAUAGAAUCUGAAUUUCCUAGAGUAAUGAGUCUUAAAGAUGGUACUAAAAAAAUGUCUAAAUCAGAUCCUAGUGAUUUUUCUAGAAUUAACUUGACUGAUACUCCUGAAGUAGUUUAUGACAAGAUCAAAAAAGCUAAAACUGACUCAAUCCCUAUUGUUAAAUUAGAUCCAAACAGACCUGAAGUAACUAAUCUUAUUAGAAUAUAUAGCUCUUUAUCUGGUUAGAGUAUCAAAGAAAUUGAAGCUACUUUUUCAUCAAGCUCUAUGAAAGAUUUUAAAGACAAACUCUCUGAGCUUAUUAUUACAAAAGUUUGCCCAAUUGGUUUAAGAAUAGAAGAUCUAUUAUCAAACUAAGACUACGUUUACGAGUCUUUAAAGCAAGGUAACGAAAGAGCUUACGAUAGAGCCAAAGAAAAUAUUCAAAGAAUAAAAAAAGAGAUGGGAAUGUAUGUUAUGUGAUGGAUAAAUAUUUAUAAAAUAACUAUUUAUAUUUGAUU